AUGAAGACAGUGUUCGACUGGGAGGCCCAGCUGCUCCAGAAGGCGGUGCUGGACGAGGAGGCGGUGACUUUCAAGAAGACGGUGUUCGACUGGGAGGUCCAGCUGCUCAAGGUGUUGGCUUUCAAGAAGACGGUAUUCGACUCGGAGGUCCAGCUGCUCCACUGCUCCAGAGGGCGGUACCAGACGAAAGGCGGUGGCUUUCAAGAAGACGGGGUUCGACUGGGAGGUCCAGCUGCUCCAGAAGGUAGUGCUGGACGAGGAGGCGGUAGAUUUCAAGAUACCGGUGUUCGACUGGGAUUCCCAGCUGCUCCAGAAGGCGAUGCUGGACGAGAAGGCGGUGGCUUUCAAGAAGACGUUGUUCGACUGGGAGGUCCAGCUGCUCCAGUAGGCGGUGCUGAACGCGGAGGCGUUGGCUUUCAAGAAGACAGUGUUCGACUGGGAGGCCCAGCUGCUCCAGAAGGCGGUGCUGGACGAGGAGGCGGUGGCUUUCAACAAGACGGUGUUCGACUGGGAGGCCGAGUUGCUCAAGUAGGCGGUGCUGGACGAGGAGGUGUUGGUUUUCAAGAAGACGGUGUUCGACAGGGAGGGCCAGCUGCUCUAGUAGGCGGUGCUGGACGAGGAGGCGUUGGCUUUCAAGAAGACAGUUUUCGACUGGGAGGCCCAGCUGCUCCAGAAGGCGGUGCUGGACGAGGAGGCGGUGGCUUUCAGGAAGAAGUUGUUCGACUGGGAGGCCCAGCUGCUCCAGAGGGCGGUGCUGGACGAGCAGGCAGUGGCUUGCAAGAAGACAGUGUUCGACUGGGAGGCCCAGCUGCUCCAGAGGGCAGUGAUAGACGAAAAAGUGGUGGCUUUCAAGAAGACGGUGUUCGACUGGGAGGCCCAGCUGCUCCAGAAGGUAGUGCUGGACGAGAAGGCGGUGGAUUUCAAGAUAACGGUGUUCGACUGGGACUCCCAGCUGCUCCAGAAGGCGAUGCUGGACGAGGAGGCGGUGGGUUUCAAGAAGACGGUGUUCGACUGGGAAGUCCACCUGCUCGAGUAGGCGGUGCUGGACGCGGAGGCGUUGGCUUUCAAGAAGACAGUGUUAGACUGGGAGGCCCAGCUGCUCCAGAAGGCGGUGCUAGACGAGGAGGCGGUGACUUUCAAGAAGACGGUGUUCGACUGGGAGGCCCAGCUGCUCGAGCGGGCGGAGCUAGACGAAAAAGCGGUUGUUUUCAAGAAGACGUUAUUAGACUGGGAGGCCGAGUUGCUCAAGUAGGCGGUGCUGGACGAGGAGGUGUUGGCUUUCAAGAAGACGGUGUUCGACUGGGAGGACCAGCUGCUCCAGUAGGCGAUGAUGGACGAGGAGUCGGUGGCUUUCAAGGAGACGGUGUUCGACUGGGAGGCCCAGCUGCUCCAGAAGGUAGUGCUGGACGAGGAGGCGGUGGAUUUCAAGAUAACGGUGUUCGACUGGGACUCCCAGCUAAUCCAGAAGGCGAUGCUGGACGAGGAGGCGGUGGGUUUCAAGAAGACGGUGUUCGACUGGGAGGUCCAGCUGCUCCAGUAGGCGGUGCUGGACGCGGAGGCGUUGGUUUUCAUGAAGACAGUGUUCGACUGGGAGGCCCAGCUGCUCCAGAAGGCGGUGCUGGACGAGGAGGCGGUGACUUUCAAGAAGACGGUGUUCGACAGGGAGGCCCUGCUGCUCAAGAGGGCGGAGCUACACGAAAAAGCGGUUGUUUUCAAGCAGACGUUAUUAGACUGGGAGGCCGAGUUGCUCAAUUAGUCGGUGCUGGACGAGGAGGUGUUGGCUUUCAAGAAGACGGUGUUCGACUGAGAGGUCCAGCUGCUCCAGUAGGCGAUGCUGGUCGAGGAGGCGGUGGCUUUCAAGAAGACGGUGUUCGACUGGGAGGUCCAGCUGCUCAAGGUGUUGGCUUUCAAAAAGACGUUUUUAGACUGGGAGCGCCAGUUGCUCAAGUAGGCGGUGCUGGACGAGUAGGGGUUGGCUUUCAAGAAGACAGUGUUCGACUGGGAGGCCCAGCUGCUCUAGUGGGCGGUGCUGGACGAGGAGGCAUUGGCUUUCAAGAAGACAGUGUUCGACUGGGAGGCCCAGCUGCUCCAGAGUGCGGUGCUAGACAAAAAGAUAGUGGCUUUCAAAAAGACGGUGUUCGACUGUGA